UAUAUACGAACAGAGGUGAGGGUCAUUAGGCAUCCUAUAUUCCUAUUCCACCAAAGAGAAACAUCACCUAACUGAGCCAGAUGAUGAAGGCGUCGUUCAAGGCUAGAUACGAACCCGACAAAGCGGCAGCCGCUUCCACCAUUUCCGUCAACGCUGGCGACUUCAAGCUCCGCGCCUCCCUCACCGAUGCCACCGUCGUCAACGGUCCCAGCUUGAACGGCCUAGCUAUCGCCGUCGAGAAACCCGGAUUCUUCAUCGUAGACUACAAUGUGCCCAAAAAAGAUAUUAGGUUUCAGUUCAUGAAUAGUGUUAGGGUGGCAGAGAAGCCGUUGAAUUUGACUUACAUUCACAGCAAAGGCGACGGGCGUACCAUUUUGGAUGGGGCUUUGGUUAUUGAUUCAGGCAAUAAGGUCUCUGCAAAUCAUGUGCUCGGCAUAGGAAAUACGAAGCUGAAGUAUACUUAUGUUCAUGAAGGGCUGACAACUUUCGAGACGAGCUAUGAUUUGGGGAAGAAUGCCUGGGAUUUUGCUGUAACACGCAAGGUUUACGGGGAUGAUGUAUUCAGGGCUACUUAUCAAACAUCUGCUAAGAAUUUGGGGCUGGAGUGGAGCCGGAGUUCAAAGCAGAACUGAUCGUUCAAGAUCAUAGCAUCCGUCAAUUUGGCAGAGGAACGAAAAAUACCAAAAUUAUGUGCCGAAACUACCUGGGACUUUGAGAUGUGAUCUCCUUACUUGUGCUGCAGGGGAGCAAGGAUCUCAUCGCAAAUAGUGUUGUGUAUUUUUAAUCCUUCCUUUACAUGAGAAGAUCAAUUCUGAUGGUGCUCACAGUCUAUCACCAACAGUAUUACUAGGUGUGGCUGUGCUACGAAGGUGGCAAUUUCUCGUAAUUACUGCAAAUGAUAGGCACUGAAACACUAUUUGAUUUUGCUUUGCUACCUAACCUUUAGAUGCAAUAUGAAUUGAUGAAGCUGCGGUUAAUUGGGAGAUUUGGAUUGUUGAAACUUGAAGUGCUAAUUAGCAAAGCUGUUGAAUGUUUGGAAUGUCAAAUUUGAAACUACGAUUGUAUCGAGUGUUUGCUCUCUAUUGUAUGCUA